AAAAGGCACUUUGUCGCUAGGCACUACGUUCUACAGAGACUAAAAAUAAGGCCUUUUUGUGAAAGAAUGACUCCUUUCUUUUUUUAACCAGGCAUUUCCUCGCCGUCGCUGCUUCGUAGCUGAACCGUCCUUCGGCAACGGCGAUGCGCUGCCGACUUCUGCUCGCGACUUUUUCGACGCUGUGGCUCACCUCUCUGCUCAACCCUGAUGCGGUCAGCGCAGCCAACGUCUUCUCGUCGGUGGUGCACAUGAAGGAGCUGAUGUCCCUAGAGCGAAGGCUCGUUUCCAAGGUCGACGACUUCCUACACCGCAUGGAAACGAAGCUGGAUCACCUGCGCAGCUUUCUGAACGACUACUAUGAGAUGAAGACGUUCAAGGACCAGCAGUUGACACCCUCUUCCGCCGAGUAUGAGAACAACACCCGCACGGCCAGCCGCGUCGACGCGUACAACACCAUAAAGCGCUUGUCGAUCGACUGGAAUGAAAUCGUGCACCACUUCAGGGUGCCCGACUGGAUGGAGAUCGAGAAACUGAUGGUGGAAUCCAACGACACGCUCCCGCGUCCGAGCGACCUGCUCGACGCCGGAGAGGCACUCAUCCUCCUCCAGAAGACGUACCAUCUCAACCUCACAGACAUGGCCAAGGGAGUCAUAAUGGGACACAAGGCGAUGGCGCAGUUGACAGCAAGAGACUGUCUGUACUUCGGCCAGCUGCUGUACAGCAAGUCUGACUUCGAGGACGCCAUCAAGUGGUUCGAAGAGGCACUCGCAAGGCUGAGCCUCGAGAAGCCGCCCUCCCUCACGCCAGAGACGGUGCAUUAUUACCUCGCCAGCAGUGUCGACAAGCUGGAGGAACGACAACGACCACAGGAAGAACAGCUGCCCAGCAUGGUCCUGCCGAAGGAGCCCAGCGUUGAUAUGCCCUUCGCCGAAGGAUACCUGGAGGCGUACAACGACCUCUGCCGCGGAGAAAGAAUCCGGAAUGCUACAGAAGAGAAGGACCUGCGCUGUUACCUGAGGGUUCCGCACCCGUACUUCCGAAUUGGCCCGGUUAAAAUGGAGGUCAUGAGCCUCGACCCUUACAUCGUCCAAUUCUACGACGUCAUCUGGCCAAAGGAGAUACAAGCAAUCCGCAGCAUUGGAGAGCCCACACUGGCCCGUGCCACAGUCGUGGAGUGGACCGAAGAAACGGUGGACCCCGGUCGCAUCAGUCAAGCGGCGUGGUUAAAUCCAGGCACCGACCCGCUGCUGGAGAGGGUCAACCAACGGGUGGCCAUGCUGACCGGACUGUCCACAGACUACGAGCGCGGAGACUCCGAGAUAAUACAGUACGGCUCCUACGGACCGGGGGGCCACUACGAAGCGCACGCCGACUUCCUGAUGGGGGAUCUUACGGAGGACGAGAUAGAGGAAAUGGACGUAAAGGAUAAGGAGUCCGGAGACCGCAUCGCCACCUUCAUGUUCUACCUUUCGGACGUGAGUUUGGGAGGUGCCACUGCGUUCCCCUACGCCAAAGUGGCUGUCACUCCACGAAUGGGCUCGGCUGCCUUCUGGUACAACAUGCGCGAGGACGGCAGCUACGACGUGCACACCUUGCACGGUGGAUGCUCCGUGCUACACGGCACAAAGCACGUCGCGAACCUGUGGAUUCGAACCAAUGGCCAGAUGUUCAAACGACCAUGCCCAGCAACGAAAGGAAGACGGACGCCAGAUUCUGCGGAUCUGUCUACUUUAUUUGUUGGUCCUGCUGCUUAUAUUUGUCUGCUUGUUGUAUCAUUCUCUUUUGCUAUAUUUUUUUCAAUGGGAACGAUAGGUCGUCCCUGUUAGAAUCUAUUGUUUCUAUUCUUAAAUAAGGUGAAAACAAAAGCAGAGGAUUGUUUAUAUAACGGAACGCAUUGAGAGUGUUAAAGAAAGGUCAACGCGCGGCGCAUGCCAAAAAAAAUAUAACGAUGAAACACUUGUUUAAGUAUGUUACAAAGUCAAAGGAUGGUCCGUGCAGUCUUAACUACACCACCUUGACGAUGUUGGCCUUCCACCUGACAGCUGAUAUCGCUAGUGCUGUUUUUUGCACGAAUUUUGUUGUGACCCGAUAAAAAGCUUCUUGGCAAAUACAGUAGCCAUGUACACUAAACAUAAAAGUCUCUGCACACUUUUUGUUUUUGUUCCUAAGCAAGGAAAUUAAAGCUUGG